GGAGGUUACAAGCUGGUCCUUAACCUGUGUCAUGUUGGUAAAGAGCCCUGUCUCAGCCUGGAGAUGAACUUUUCAGAUUAGGAAGAAAUGAAUUGUUAACAAUCAUCCAAGGUGCACUGGUUAUCUCUCUCCUGUAUUUCAGGAUUAGUUUGGCCAGGCUCAGAAACUUUUUUUUUUUUUCUGAGAAAAAGCUAGGAGCUCUCGGUAAGAAUUCUGAGAUACACAUGUUCCACUCUGAAUGCUUGUAGAGUUGCGUAAAUAUGGUUUUGCCUGGGCAUGAAGUGACUUCAGUACAGAUGGGAAUGGAGUCAGACUAGGAUCAAAGCUCUCUAUCUUUUGGAUUCAUGCCCUGGAGUGGAAAAAUGGUUAACAAGUUGCAGAAAAAAAGAUUACUGCUGUGCUCUUGCUGUCAGAGUUGUCUGCCAAUGCUGUAUUGUGUUUGCGGAAAGAUGCUGCUAAACCAACAACUAGGACCUCUACAACAGACUUCUACAACAGUCCAAAAGAAAGAUUGUCAGGCCUGUCAUUGACUAACUACAUAAAUCCUGCUACAAUGAGAUAGAAAUUAUCACAUCUCCAAGUGGGGACCCUGGCAAGAGACUUGCAGAUAUUUAAAACCUCUAAUUAAUGCCAGGUAUCAGUUGGUAACACACAUCAGAGGGUAAAAAUUAAAAGACAAACCUCUAUCAACUAGAAAAGCAAGUCUGCUCUCAAACCUUGUGCUAUGAGUUCAUGCGGAAAACUUCACAAGGAUGUGACAUUCCUAACCUGCCUAAACAAGAAUACAUGGAAGAACUGAUAACUUUAUUCUGUCCUAUACCUCAGAAAUUAUAUCAGUGAAAAUUUUCUAUUUCCCAAAGUCAAGUGCCUAUGCAUUUAUGCCUAUAACUGCAUUUUUAAUUGCCAUCUAUCAAGUACUGCAAUUAGAUGCAUGUUGUAGUGAUGAAGGGAAGCAGCAAGGAACUGAAUUUUUUCAUAUUUGUAAACUAAUGUUAAAUUCUGAUCUCAGUCAAGUUAGUGUCAAAGCUGGGAGUUCUCGACUGUUUCCAAGCCAGAAGACAUGGAUGCAGGUCUGGAACCGGGACCCAGCAGAACAAAUGGCCAACCGGGGUUGUCAGGCGUUAUGCUGCUUUAUAUGGCUGCAGAGGGUUAUGAACAGUCCUAACACUUCAUACUCUGGCUUUGUGGAGGAGACCCAUGGCGACUGUGACAAGGAGGGCUCAAAAGACCUGGGCUCAUGGGUCACUGGUUCCAGGCUACGGCAGCCAGGGGAAGCAUCAACAGCAGCACCACAAAGCUCAGUCCUUGUAAUGAUGCCACAAACAGCAGAGCACAGAGGCUGCAGGCAUCCAGCAAGUCCCCACUGCCACUGGCUGAGUGACUGCGUUUGUUAUUUCCUCCCAGGUGGAAAUCUUCUCUUUGUUUGGACUGGAUUACCCAGGUGUGUGGGGCCUGGUGCCCUCCCUGUGUUUUCCAGGAGUAGCUGAUGUUUGAGGUCACUUCCAAUCCCCGACAUCCUGUGAUUCUGUGAUUCUGUGUGUUCCCCAUGCUGCUGGCCGAGCCCUGCCUGACUGCUGACAGACCCAAGGAUUCUGGAAAAGACAACUGACUGGUAUAUUUAUAUCAUGUGAAAAGAAGAUCAUCCCUUUCUCUGGAAAUCAUCACCCUUUAACUGCUAGCAAUGCACAGGAAGUUCAAAAUAGCUGCACAGGGAUAUUUGAGAGUCAGGGUUAUCACACGGAAGAAAUUCCAGUGGCCAAAUUAAAAGAAUACAAAAUAAAACCAUACAGCCAACCUUCAGUUGCUAGUACAGUGUUUCUCAGGAAUGCAGGGCAGAAGUUAUUCCUGGUUUUCUUUAGAAUCUGGAAUCUCGGAUCAUGAGUGUGAAUAAUCUUUUAUCAUCUCAGGUUAAGACAGUUUAUCAGCUACUGCAUCUGCCACUUCUUUAGCCACCGUUUCAAGGACCAGUUAUGUAUCCCACAUCAUGUCAGAGGAAUUUAUGAAAGGAGGAGCAAAGAAAAGAAUAAUGCCACAUCUUGAGGGAAAGAAGACGUGUCUGAAAGGCUGGAUUUAGUUUUGAAAUGGCAGCUGCUUGGAACUGUUGACAGAUUGGAAGUGUUGGAAAUUGUCCCAGGCCAGAUGAAUUAGUGAUCUGAGUUCAGGUGAAGUGGUCAAAGGUGCUUUAUAAAUGCCAUUUCCACAUAGCUAUCACCACUACAUAGUAGUAUAGGUAACAGUUAUUUUUACAACAUAUAAUUGAGUUAUUUUGGGUAAGUCCCACGUAGGUCAGGGGUAUGUACUUUUUUAUCAUCUUCCUCCUUUUUUUGUUGCAGCAGUUGCAGUAAUUUGAGACCUUUCUACUACUAUUCCUAAUUGAAUUAGGACGGGCUGAAGGCAAGAUAUCUGGAGAGGGGUCGUAGAGAAAUACCUCUUUUAGCCAAGAAAUCAAUUUCAAUCUUUUUCCCUCUAUUUCCUGUGACCUGAGUACAUUGAUCAGAUUCAUGGUCGUGUUGUAAGGAAUUUUCCAAGGAACAUAAAUGAAUCAAUUAAACAAGAACUGGAAAGGGCGGAAAACAAGAACUUUCAUCUAUUCAUGAGAAUUUGAUAUUUUCACUUCUUGCACCCUUUUCUGCUGCAUUUGAUUUAUAUUAUCAUGUAUGUUUCCAGAGAACACAUAAAUUUUAAUUUAAUUUUAAAUAGAAAUAAUGGAAAAUGGAAAUAGCUUUCUCCCUCCAUGCAUACAUGACAUUAAAUAUAUAAUUUAGUCAACUGAAUAUAGUAUAGAAAUAAAAAUAACUGAAGACAGGUAUUUUUUUAACAGCCUGCUUGGAUUGAACCAAUACCCCUCCAAUAUCUUGUGGGAUAACUGAAAAGACAUGUUUUGUCCUAUGGUGUCCCUCCACUCUCUGAUGGUCUGAAGUACAUCUCAGAAGUACAAGUCAGAGCUUCUGACAGGACUCCAGUACUGUGUGUCAAGUCAUGAUUCAGUUCGCUCUCUGGUUUGAUACUGAACAUAGCAGUUAGUUAGUUUAUUCACCAGCAAAUAGUGAAGAUUCCUCUCUCUGAUCCCGAACUAUCAAUUGGCAAAACACAGUAGUUUUCCCAGUAAGCUCUACCUAGGUCCAGUGUGCUAGAAAGAAAAAUGACACCGUUCAAAGUGUGAGGCACAAUGCCGAGAAAAUCAAAAUGUUGCUAUACAUUUUGUUUGCAUCAGACCACUUCAAAGUCAGGCAUCUGUAAUGUAGCAAUGUUCUGGGAAGAGCUCAUGCAUCUGCUGCUGAACUGAGAGUAACUGUGUUUUCACACAGCUGUAAUGAACAUCUUAGAAAACUUAAUUAUAUGCCUCAAACUUUUUAUUUCUGUAUGUUUGUUGUUUUUUUUUUUUCUCAGCUCAAUUUGAAAAUAGUACAGAAAAUGUUCUGUUUGUCAUUCCAGAAUUCAAUUUCAAACCACAUGUCAGCAGGAAGGCUGUAGAUUUCAGGAAUAUGCCCUCCCUUGCUUUCACUACACAGGUGACAAAAAUGCUUAAAACAUCAGCCAUUGUUGUCCUGAAUCACUGAAGAAUGCCAAAUAAUCUGUGAUGUAACAAUUGCUAUAGCAACCAUUUACUUUGGUUCAAAACUGAAAUAAAGAAUUGACACAUCAUAUUUCA